UUUUUCGUUUCAUUGACGGCGUCGAAAAUUUUGCGUGGGAAAUGGACUUGAAAACAUUGUGAGUUUCUUGCCGGAACGCGUGUUUUUGCAUCGAUUAGCUACUCAAGGAUUAACAAACGCAGUGUUGGAUAUUUCCAGCUAGCGCCAUGGAUACCGUGAAGUCUUUUAAUGCGGAGCUCUCUUCGCUCUACGAAAUGAAACCACCGAUAUCUAAGGCGAAAAUGACUGCCAUCACGAAGGGCGCCAUCAAAGCAGUCAAGUUUUACAAACAUGUUGUUCAGUCUGUUGAAAAGUUUCUGCAAAAAUGCCGACCAGAAUACAAAAUUCCUGGGUUGUAUGUGAUUGACUCCAUAGUCAGACAAUCAAGACAUCAGUUCGGAGCUGAUAAAGAUGUGUUUGCACCACGGUUCUCCAAAAAUGUGACAUACACAUUCUACUUCAUAUAUCAGUGCACUGUGGAAGAGAAGAGUAAAGUCAUCAGGGUGCUCAACUUGUGGCAGAAGAAUGCCGUGUUCCCACCUGAAGUAAUCCAGCCUCUCUUCGACAUGGCCGAUUCAAAUCACCCAAAGUACAAGGAGGUAGCACAAUAUGUUAAUUCGAAAGGAGCAUCUAGUUCAGGAAUAUCUACAGGAAAGAGUAAUUCUCAGGAAGGUUCUGCUAUGCUUAAUGGCAACAAGGAGGCUGCAGUAAGUUUCGAAGAGACUUCCAAUGAUGGAAAUCAGAGUCAGUCACUGGUAAUGGGCAAUCUCCCCAGUCUGAGCAGCACAGAAAUGAGUCUAGCCACAAGGCUACAACAUUUACAACAUCUUUUUGGUCAAGAGCCACCAAAUAAUGCCAACAAUCCAUUAGCGACUCAACCGCCACCAUCAGCUAAAGGUCCCACAAGUACCAACGAUACGGGACAGAUACGAUUCAACAAAAAGUUAUUAGACUUUGACUACGACGAAGAAGAUGAGGAACCAGACAAGGCAGUUAGGGAAUCAAGUCAACACCAAUCAAAACAACAACCGCCACCACCCCCACAACAACAACAGCCUGCUCAAACUGCCCCGACACCAGUUUCCACGUCCAAUUCGGCGGAAACCCUUGGAACUUUGCUGACAAAUCCAGAUAUUUUAAGACAUCUGCAAAGCUUGCAGCAACAGAUCUCUCAACCCGUUGUCCAGCCGACUCCAGUUAAUACGAAUCAUCACCAUCUUCAUCACCAUCAACAGCAACACGAAGAGCAAUCAAACUGGGAAUCGGCCAAUAACCAUGGACAGUAUGGUCAAAUAGAUUUCACCCAACCGCCACCUGGUUUCAUGCCAAUGGGAGCUGGCGGUAUGGGUCAUCAGCCAGUAGGCUUCCCUCACCAUCAUCCGCCGCAGCCACCUAAUGCCCCUUCAGUUCCGUUCCCACAACAUCAUCAUCCUCCAACCAUCAGGGAGGACUUGUUUCAGCCAGGCAAUGGUGAAGUCAUUGAAAUCGAUCCUCCUAGAUCAAAUUCAUUUGCAACGAAACACAGAGAACGAGAGAGACGGAGAAGUCGAUCGGGAUCGCGUAGUAGACGAGCUCGAAGCGGAGGCCGUCACGGUGGAAGAAGAUCGAGCCGGUCACGAUCGAGAUCACGGGAUCGAGGUGGUGUUCGUAGACGUUCCAGAAGUCGUUCUCGAAAUCGCAAUAGUCGCAUCAGACCUCGAUCGCGUUCUCGAGACCAAGAGAGGGAAAAGGAACGUCUGGAACGUGAGAAAGAACGUGACAGAAAACGACGGGGUCUGCCCCCCAUCAAGAAAGAAUCGCUGAGCGUUUGUAGUACCACGUUGUGGGUCGGCCACUUGAGCAAGUUGGUCCAGCAAGAAGAGUUGUCAGAUACGUUUGGCCAGUACGGAGAAAUUGUUUCCAUCGAUUUGAUUCCGCCACGAGGCUGCGCUUUCGUCUGCAUGCACCGUCGACAGGACGCUUUCCGGGCGUUGACUAAAUUGGCUGGACAUAAACUACAGGGCAAAGCCAUCACUCUGGCCUGGGCGCCGGGCAAAGGAGUCAAAGCUAAAGAAUGGAAAGACUUUUGGGAAGUGGACCAAGGAGUCUCUUACGUGCCCUGGCAGCGACUCAGCCAAAUGACGGACUUGGAAGCGCUGGAAGAGGGCGGAUCUUUCGACGAAGAGACGCUGCCUCCCUGGAUGCGCCACCAUUUAAAUCAGGAGGACAAAGUAGGGCCACAGAUGAUUCCCAUGGCGCCAACUGGUUUCAUCCCUAUUCCGGAAGCGGGUCCCCCUACCCCCGAAAUGAGUGAGCCAGGCGGUGGUGGACAAGUGAUGUCUACGGCGUCGGGUCCAUCGUCUUUGAAUGCUGCCACGACUACACUGCCGGCCAAUCUUCCCACUUAUGCAGCUGUGGCUCCGCAUUCGCUCGGACUCUUACCCGUACCGCUCGGGAUGCCACCUGGACUGCGACUGCCUCCGCCCGGCACUGCCGCCGCUGCCCAUCUUCUCAUGAGUCAAGCAGCCGGUGCGGGCACCAAUGCAGCUAUGGCUACGCACCUACUUGGCCAGUCCAUUUUGGCCGGUCUCGGCGCUGCAGCAGCUGCCCAAGGAUUAGGACCGGGAAUGGGCCAACCAGCCGGUCCGUCCGGUUUUUUCAGUGUUUUCAAUCCGCAUUUAACUGGCCAUCCGCACCAGCAGCCGCAACAGCCACCACAAAUGCCAUCUCAGGACGACGCCGAUGACAUGGAACUGGAAGAAGCCGACGAUGAAGUCCAGCAGCAGCAGCAUCAUAAAGAAAUGGAUGGCCGCAAUCGAAGUGUUGGAGGCUGGAACGAUCAGUUCGCAGAAGAUCGCCCGGAUCUGAUGCAGCAUCGCCAACAGCUGCAACAUCGGACGCCGGACAAGAGCAAUAAUGGCCCUAGGUUGCUGGAACGGCUUAGGAGUUUGGCUAAUCACGACGCUGGGCCGGUUGAUCAUCACCAUCACCACCAUAAUAAUAACAACGGCCCAGAAUUACCGGAACGAGAUGCUGGUCCUUUGCAUCUUCGAACGGACAUGGCCGGUCCAGGAUCCUCCGCAGACCAAUACGGUCUGUCUCCAAAUUUGGCAUCUUCUUUGCGUGGCGUCCCGCUCACGGCCGCCGCUGCUGAAAUGGGCAUUCGUCUUCUCAGAGGAGGUGGAGGAGGUCCACCCGACACGUUUGGAACUCCUGGCAGGGGAGGAGCUAUUGGCAAUGAUGACCCUUUUAUGCCACGACAGCCACAUCUUGGGGGAACGUCGUUUGGUCCCGACAAUUUCGGUUCGAUGAGAGGGAGGCACUUUGGUCAUGAAGGUCGAGGAGGGAGAGGAGGUGGCGGAGGAUUCCGGGGAGACAUAGUGGAACCUGCUUGGGACGAAGAGCAUUUGCCACCGCCUCGAUGGAGACAGCAGGAAGAUUGGCCCGAUCGCGAACCACCUUCACGUCAUUGGGAUCGUGAUCGUGAGCGUGAUCGAGAUCAUUCUGGCGGUCGGGGUGGACGAGGAGGUGCGGAUUGGUCGAGCCCCAGAAGACCCCCACCUCCACCUUUGCCACCUCGUGGCCACGAUCGAGGGCAGUCCAGUCGAGAUCGCUAUGGAGGUAGAGGAGAUCGCGGUAGUGAUAGAAGACGAAGUGGCGAUCGAGAUCGUGAUCCACUGCCACCGCGUGAUCGAGAACGGCGUACCAGUGAACGACGAAGCAGCGGACGAUGGAGCGACCGUAAGAGUCCCGAUCCAGCAGCAGCAGCGCCAAUUAGUGGCAAUAGCAUCCAAGCUGUCCCACUUCCAGUUCCGGCUCCAAUAGGCGAAGGAAGCAAGAAAGUGCCAAUCCCUAGUGAUGUACGAGAACCCUCCACAGACGAUGGGACAUCGGCCACCUUUGAAUCGAGUGUCACUCCUGCCGUUGGUGAUGCAACCACUACCUCCAAGUCUCAUUCACCUCCACCGCCCGCGUCUUCUCCGAGACCGCCACCACCGACGCUGCCUCACGCUGAUGCGGAUUUAACUGCUCCCGGAACGGAAGAAGAAGAACCGCCUUCAACUGAUUGAAAAAAAAAAGGAAAAUAUAGAAUUCUGUAUUGUUUUCGCUUUUCCUCCUCCACUUGUGGUUCUCAACAUUUUCAUUCUUAUUAUUAUUAUAAUUUUUUUUUUUCCAAAUGUGAUUGACUUGAUCAACUCCCAUAAAUGCUGUACAUAAUUGAAACUAACGGGACAACCUUCCUUAAUCGAAUCAUCCACUCAAACAAAUUCGUGUGUGUAAAGAGAGGCGUUUUUUUGCGGUGAUUUCCGGCUCUCACGUCGGUUGGUGUAACCAAUGGAAAAAUCGUUGGAUCUUUCUGUUUUACGCUUUCAUUACGCGCGUGGAGGUUAGGGUCGCAUCUUCCCCGUUCGUUCGGCACUUUGCAGUUGGUUAUCCGAUCCUAUGAUGAUUUAAGCUAUAAUUUCGUGUUCGAAUUCGAUCCACGCUCGAUGAUUCGCCAUUUUUUUUUUGCAUCAUUUUUCCCCCAACCCUGAUUUGUCUACAGCGGUCCUGUGUGCAACGCGUCACUCUGUGUGUACAACCACUCGGAUAGUGUGUGUGUGUUUUCAUUAU